AUGUCUUGUAACAUUGUAUCAGCAUCUUCAAGAAGACUUGCUUGUUAUUUUCAUGUAGAUGGGAAGUUUAUAGAAAAUGGCGAUGGUGAAGUUAAAUACUAUGGUGGGACUGUCAGAGUAAACGUAAUAAAUGAGAGUACAAAACUUGAAGAUUUGAGGGCAAUGAUAGGAGAAUGGUUCAGCAUAGAUUGUCAUGGCUGUGAUAUUAAAUACACUUUGAGUUUUGAUGAGAGGGUAUUGGUAGAUCUUAUAGAUGAUGGUGAAGUUGAUAAUCUAUUUGAAUAUAAUGACCGUGAUGCACAUAUUUAUAUAGCACAUAAAGGUAAUAACAAUGUGGAGGAAGGAAUGGGUUAUCCAGAAGGGAUCUCAAGAAUGGUAGGAGUGUCAGAACAAAGUGAUGAGCCUACGUUAGAGGGAAAUGCUUUGGAAAGUACAAGUUCUAGAGGCAGUGAAAGACCUAAUGUAAGCUUGCUAUACAGAGUAGUGAGUGCACCUACACCUUUGCCGGAGAUGAAUUCUUUGAAAUGGAAGGAAUUGUUGUUAGGACGGAAUCAGACUUUUGCAAAUGCAGAAGAUUUCAAGAAGAAAGUACAUAAGUUCAGUAUUGCAAACAAGUUUGAGUACAAGUAUGUGAAAAAUUGUCGGGGAAAACUGUAUGUGAAAUGUAGUGUUGAAGGUUGUCCGUGGAGGAUAAGUGCAAGAGUCGGUAGAAAGACUACUCCCUUUUUACGUGUGGCAACAUUCAUAAAUGAUCAUGUUCAUAAUGCUCAAGACAAUUUUCGUGUGGAACAUUGUGGUUCAGCUAGCUUGACAUCAUCAAUCAUCAUUGAUGAGGUAAAUGAUCACAUAGAUAGGCAUCCAAAUGAUAUAAGGAAGAGUUUGGAAAGAGAUUAUGGUGUGAAGUUGACAUAUAAACAAGCAUACAGGGCGAAGCAAAAAGCUUUAGAGGACAUACAUAGCAGGCCUGACCAGUCUUAUAUGCUUGUUCCAUGA